AUGUCCGUCGAAAUCGAUCCCCUCGAGCUUGGUUUCCGCAGGCCCUUCACUGUGGAGGUUUCGCAGAUCCUUAGGAUCAGGAACCCCAACACCUCUCCGGUUGCCUUCAAGGUGAAAACCACCGCUCCCAAGCAAUACUGCGUCCGCCCCAACUCGGGUCGCAUUGAGCCCGGUCACGAUGUCGAGGUUUCCGUCCUCCUCCAGGCCAUGAAGCAGGAGCCACCUUCGGACGCCCGAUGCCGCGACAAGUUCCUCGUUCAGUCCGUUACCAUCACCGGUGACAAGGAGUUCACCAACGUCGCUCAGAUUUGGGAUGGUGCCGACAAGUCCCAGAUUCAGGAGAAGAAGAUUCGCGUUCUCUGGCUGCCAGCCUUUGGAGAGGAGACCACCUCACCCGUGGCUGCCACCCCUAUCCGCCCCUCGACCUCGAGCCGGGUUGAGGAGACACCCGCUCCUUUCACAUCCCCUAGUGAGACCCGAUCUUCGACGGCCGACACCCGCGAGAUCAAGCAAGAGCCCGACCUCGCCGAGAACUUCCAGAACACUGUUGCGGCGGCCGCGACGACAGUACAGAACACAGCUUCCGAGACGUACGAGCAGUUGAAGGAACAGUUGGCCAAGGCUCAGGCGACUAUCGCAUCCCUCCAGAACGACGCGACCAGCGGCCUGAGACAGAGGAAGGCGGCUGUGGCCGACGCGGUGGGCGAGCAGGCGUCGAACGUGCAGGCAACCGCCCAGGACCUCGCGCAAUCAGCGAGGCAAGGCACCGAGGGAGUGCCAGUCCAGAUUGCGGCGGUCCUCUGCUUGGUCAGCUUCCUGCUGGCCUAUAUCUUCUUCUAG